AACUGUCUCUCAUCGAUUGUAUCUAUCCAUUUGAACUUUGAGUGGUGUACUUGCCCUAGUGAUGUUUGAUAUCGAUGAACGAAUGAAUUGACGUAGGUAAGGGAGGUGUGGCGCAGGUGGCGCAUGCGAUAGUAUGGAGCUAGUGACUCAAUAUCGACCCCUCCAAAACUCCAAACACAUUCAUGCGACCAAGCAUUCUGCCACACAGAUUCAACUUCUGGCCUCAUAGACCUGGAAAUCAACAGUAUGGCAGAACCCUCCGCUCCAGCAGCUUCCAAAGACCCAGCAGCCGCUCCCGCCGAAGAAAAGGGUCCUUCGAAGCGCGCUCUCGAAAAAGCUGCAAAGAAAGCCGCAGCAAAAGCAAAGAAAGCUGAAUCCAAAGCUGAAGUCGCGCUGCGACCAAAAGAAAACAAGCAGCCUGCUGCGAAACCCGCCGCCGCCCCGCCUGUCAACAUCUUUACCGAGGGUUGGCUCAAACGUACAUAUGAAGAGAAGCCGGUGAAAGAGGUGCGAUCGCGGUUUCCCCCCGAGCCCAAUGGCUAUCUUCAUAUCGGCCAUUGCAAAGCUAUCGCGGUCAACUUCGGCUUUGCCAAACACCACAAGGGAGUAUGCUUUUUGCGAUACGACGACACGAACCCGGAGAAAGAGGAGGAGAAGUACUUCACCAGCAUACUGGAUAUUAUCAAAUGGCUUGGAUUUGAGCCCUACAAGAUCACACACAGCAGCGACAACUUUGACAAGUUGUAUGAGCUUGCGGAGGAGCUGAUCAGGAAAGAUGGCGCAUAUGUUUGCCACUGCUCGAGGGAGGAGGUCAACAAGCAGCGCGGAGGUCCGGACCACACACUUGCUCGCUACGCCUGCUCACACCGUACGCGUCCCAUCGAAGAAUCGAUUACCGAGUUCCGAGCCAUGCGGGAUGGAAAAUACAAAGCAGGAGAGGCAUAUCUCCGAAUGAAGCAGAGCUUGGAUGAUCCGAAAGAGGGCAACCCUCAGAUGUGGGAUUUGCCAGCAUAUCGAGUCAUCGAGAACAACCACCACCACCGAACGGGUGACAAGUGGAGAAUCUACCCAACAUACGACUUCACGCACUGCAUCUGUGAUGCCCUGGAAGGAAUUACUCACUCCAUGUGCACAACUGAGUUCCAGCAGUCGAGAAUAUCGUACGAUUGGCUACUGGAGAAGCUCGACAUGAAGGUUCCAAAGUCAGAGGAGAAAGGUCCAAUGCAGAGAGAAUACGGUCGUCUGAACGUCGGGGGCACCAUCCUCUCAAAGAGGCGCAUUCUCAUGCUCGUCGAAGGUGCAAAAGCAGAAAAGAAGAAUGCUGAUGGCACAGUGGAGACACGCACGAUUCCGCCGUCGGUGCGAGGCUGGGACGAUCCCCGCCUUUACACACUCGUGGCGCUGCGCCGUCGUGGUAUUCCCGCUAAGGCGCUGCUCAACUUCGUCGAAGAGCUUGGUGUCACCGAUGGACUUACAGAGAUCCAGCCGAUACGCUUGGAGUCCUCCAUUCGAAAACACCUCGAACGCACGGUUCCUCGACAGAUGCUCGUCUUGGACCCCAUUAAAAUCAUCAUCGAAGAUUUCGCAGACGAAGAUAACCAGGAAGUCACAAUACCAUACGAUCCCAAGGGCGGCAUUCCCGGCGAGCGCAAGGUUCAGAUGGGCAAGGAAAUCUACAUUGAUCGUGCGGAUUUCCGCGAGGAAGAUAGCCCCGAGUACUUCCGUCUUGCACCCAACAAGGCCGUCGGUCUCUACAACUACCCUUUCCCCAUCCGCGCCACCACAUUCUCCAAAGACGCGAGCGGCAAAGUCACUGAGGUGAGGGCCGUCAAAGCCACAGGCGAAAAGUCCAAGGCGUACAUCCAGUGGGUGGAUGCUGCGACCGGUAUCCCAGUCAUCGCGCGCCAGUACAACUCGCUCUUCAAAUCCGAAUCCCCGAAUACCCUCGACUGGAAGACAGGUGGCUGGGCAGACGAUCUCAACCCGAACUCCGAGGUCACAUUUGAACACGCAGUGAUUGAGCGGGGGUUGAAGGGUCUUAUCAAGGAGCACACUCUCAAUCCUAGCGGUGCGUCGGACGAUCUUGUGCGCUUCCAGGGCAUGCGCACAGCGUAUUUCUGCGUCGAUGUCGAGUCUACGGAAGAUAAGAUUGUAUUGAAUCAGAUUGUCAGUUUGAGGGAGGACAAGUCGAAAUAA